CUACCUUACUUUGCCUCAGUUGUAUGGGAAAAUCAGAUGUCAGCCAGUGAAUCAGCUGGGCACGACUUGAACAUGGCAUUGCCGUGGACCCAGCUGUAAAUUCAUAUCAAAACAAGAACGAAAACCUGGAAGAUAAAGUCGCUAUUUCUUCCGCUUGUGCCCUGCUUCCGACGGCUGCGUCGCCCGGUGCUCCAUCAUCUUCACCUUCACGGUAUCCAUCAGCGUUGACGUUGUUUAUGGAAACCUCCCCUUCACUGUCCCAGGGCAGGACUGAAGGCCAGUGAAACGACGCCUAGGCCUGUGAACACCCGCAGUCAUUUCCAGCCUGUUCAGCAACAAGCCUGUGGAGAGGUGUUUGUUUUAGCACAGGGUCUGGAGGAGGAGGGGGGGCCAGCAGGUACACAGACAGGCAGGCAGACAGACACACAGCAGGACAGACAGACAGACAGGACUCAGGAUGCCUCUGUUCUUCAGAAAGCGGAAGCCCAGCCAGGACUCCCAGAAGAGAUUUGAAUAUCAGCUAUGCUUGGCGAAGGAGGCAGGCGCUGAUGACAUCCUGGACAUCUCAGCUUGUGAGCUCUCAGAUGUUCCCUCUAGUGCCUUGUCCAUCUGCAAGGUGCUGCAGAAGAAGGUCCUUAUCCUUCAUAGCAAUGCGCUGAGGUCUCUGCUUCCCAAAGGAUGUGAUAUCACUACUCUUGCCACUUUAAAGGUCCUGGAUCUGCAUGAGAAUAAGCUCACCUCGCUCCCAGAUGACAUUGGAAAAUUAACGUCACUGCAGGUUCUGAAUCUGGAGAAGAACAGUCUUAAGGUCCUGCCGGAGUCCGUUGGGACUCUACGAUUUUUGCAGACCCUCAAUGUGAAAGGUAACCUUCUCACUUCGAUACCGUCCUCUGUGGGCUCUAUGAGCAGUCUGCGGACCCUCGACCUGAGUGACAACAAUAUCCGCGAGCUUCCCAAAUCUCUGGCUUACAUUCGCACCCUGGAGAGCUUUACACUCGAUGCUGCCAUGAUGUCCUAUCCACCUGCGUCUGUGUGUACAGGAGGGACAGAGAGCAUCCAGCGUUUCCUGUGUGAUGAGCUGGGUGAGGAGUACUGCCCUCCAUCCCAGUAUCUUCUGCCGGUGCUGGAGACUGACUGUGGAAAGCAUAACUCGGACAGUGUGGAUGGCUUGGAGCAGGCCUGGCAUGACAAAUUCCUCAACUACGAGAAAAGAAAGGAGCAGAAGCAGCAGGAGAAGCUCGCCUUUGAGCGGCACCUGGAGGAGAAGCAAAAGGAGCACACCCAGCUCCUCCUCAUGAACAACUCCCGAAAGGAAGACAUUCUUCUGUCAGUCCGACAGGAGCAGGAGCGUCUGGAGCAGGGCGUGUCCCAGCAGCAGAGGGCCCAGGAGGCUGAGAGGCUGUUGGUGCUGGGGAGAGUUCGACAGGCAGAGAAUGACAUCAGCAGUCGCAUCAGCAACCUGCUGACGAGCAACAACCGGCAGAAGAAGAGUGCUGAGUUUCUAGCGGCCUUGGAGGAAGAUCGGAUUCGCAUGGAGCAGCUGACCGCCAUCACACAGGAAGAAGCCAAUUCACUCAGGAAGAGAGAGGUCGCAACGGCCAUGCAGAAGAUGCUGUCAGAUAGUUACGCUGUGAGCCUCCUCCAGGAGGCCAGCGACUCUCGCAGACAGAGCCUUGUGUCCGAGGCGUGCAGAAGUAUGGAGAAUAUGGACAGGAAGUUUGAUCAGGUCCUCUCCCUCCAAGUGUUAGACAAGUCCAAAGCCAUCGCCCAUAUCUUACAGGAGGAGGAAAUGCAGAAAGCAGCUUUCCAGGCUCUGCAGCUGCAGAAGGACAGCGUGUACGGCUACAUCCGCAAUCAGAUCAAGCUCAUAGAGGGUGAAUUAAUGCAGCUGACUAAGCUGGAGGUUAAGAGACGCAAUCUGGACGCUGAGAACCUGCAGGAGGUUCUGGUGGAACAGCGUUCAGCUCUUGGUGACUUACUGCAGCAGCUGCUGAAACAGAAGGACCAGAGAGAGAGUGAGCUUCGUCAGGUUCUGCAAGAGAUGGAGCUCAAGUCAGAGUCCAGCCAGCAGAACUACUGGAUGAUCCAGUAUCAGAGGCUGCUGGACGCCAAGCCUCUUUCACUGCGCAUGCAGGAAGCAGGUGUGGAGAAAGAGUUAGUCAACCUGUUGUGCAAACUGUCAGCGCAACAUUACCUGCCCAUUCUGGCUCACCAUCGAGUGACAUCCGAGGCCCUGCGCCACAUGACCGCGUCUGAUCUCAACAAGUUGGGCAUCAAUGAGGUCGGUGUCCAGCGAGCUCUCCUCAACUGGGCCAGGGACCACGUUCCUGCAGCAGCCUGUAAGGAAGCCCCACAGGAGGAGGAGGCUGAGGAGACCGUUCCCACUGCUCCGUCCCCGCCAUCUACUCCAUCGUCACCGUUUACCUCAGCCAUGCAGAUCAACAGCCCGCCGCGUAGCCCCGGGACACCGGUCACGCCCUCGGCCCCCAGCCCUGUGGAGGGACCAGGAAGCUCCGAGUGUGUGGUCUGCAUGGAGACCGGGUCUCAGGUCAUCUUCCUGCCAUGUGGUCACGUGUGCUGCUGCCAGAUUUGCAGCGACGCUCUGCAGAACUGCCCUCUGUGCCGGAGCAACAUAUCUCAGCGCAUACGCCUCUACCAAAACUAAAAACCAACCCUCCACUCAUCUUUCACAGCCAGUCCUGUUCAUUAUGCAUGAUCGUAAAGCCACUGUGACCUAAUCUCACAUAUGAAAGAGCUUUUAGCAGCUCCCUGAAAGAGUUGAGCCACUUUCCUCUUUUGAGUAAACAUUGUACUUGGUUGAUUUUAUAAGGAAAAAAAAAAGGUAUCAAUAAAAUUAUUUUUAAUUCUUAUGUUAUUUUGGUUUUCAAUGGCAUCUGAAAAAUGCUUGAGGUAAACCACACUGUUUUGUUUAGAUAAUUUUCUGUUAAUAAUACUAUAUAUGAUUUUUAUUUGGAUUAUCCAUAUCAUGGGUGAUAUCAUGCACUUCUUUAUUCAAAACUGACUAUUUUAUGCCUUAGAAUAUGGUACCUGUUUAAUUGAAGCGUGCCUUUUUCCUGGAAAACCUCCUACCUUUGGAAAAACCUUGUAUUGUUGUGUCUGUCUGUAUUGUCAGCCAAAGCAUGGCUUGUCCAGCAUGUAUGUGAGUUCACCACAACUCAACCUCACUGAUCGCCAUGGCUUCCCUCUAUGUAGCGUUCCUGUUUUUCAUAAGCACCUCAAAUGCAUCCUGUCAUCCCUCUCCUGCCUUCAGUCCCAAAGACUUGUGUCCCUUUUACCAGGAUCCACUGUACUGGAUAUAUAAUCAUUCAUGUAGUGUAUGUUGGUGAGAAUGAUAUACCACAUAAAUCAAUAUCAAGGCAACUUUAGAGGACACUGUCACGAAGACACUGUUUUAUCUUUGUCACAACUUUUAUCAUCAAUGUUAAUCAUCCUUGUUGACCGUCUCCGGGCUCGCUUUUGAUACCACACUUGUAUGAAAUGCUUUUAUAUGCUCUGUAUCUGUGGACUAACAAGGCUUUCAGCUAACCGGAUUGUAGCCACCACCAGUGCUGUUCAACUCUAUCCUUCAAGUGCUCUUGACUAUGUAUAUACUAAUAUUACUACUAAUGAGACAAUGAAGUGUAAAAAAAAAUAUCAAUUCUGUAUAAAUCUGAAUACAUUUCAUGUUAAAUGACUGUGA